AUGCUCCCUUCAAGCAAUGCUGAUGGACCACCUUCACCCGGCUACUACCCUAGUACCAGAGUUGGUUCAAUAGGGUUCAAUCAAGGCUUUAGAAAUCUCUGGGGUCCCCAGCAUCAAAGUUUAGAGCAGGGUUCAUUAAAAAUUUGGCUUGAUAGAAUCUCAGGAAGUGGGUUCAAGUCUCGUAGUCCUUACCAAUCUGGGUAUUUUGGGACUGCCGUCAAGCUCCAACCUGGUUAUACUGCAGGAAUUAUUACAUCUUUUUAUCUAUCAAAUAAUGAAGACCACCCGGGAAACCAUGAUGAGAUUGACAUAGAGUUCCUCGGAACGACGCCGGAUAAGCCUUAUACAUUGCAAACAAACGUCUAUAUCAGAGGAAGUGGGGAUGGAAAUAUAAUAGGGAGGGAGAUGAAGUUUCACCUUUGGUUUGACCCGACCCAAGAUUUUCACAACUAUGCUAUCCUCUGGAACCCCACCGAGAUCAUAUUUUUUGUGGAUGAUGUGCCAAUAAGGAGGUACCCUAGGAAAAGCGAUGCAACAUUUCCACUGAGACCUAUGUGGGUGUACGGAUCAAUAUGGGAUGCCUCAUCUUGGGCCACAGAGGAUGGAAAAUACAAGGCAGAUUAUCAGUACCAGCCAUUUGUAGCAAGGUACACAAAUUUCAAACUGGGUGACUGCACCGCUGGUGGAGCCGCCUCGUGCAGCCCACCAUCGGGCUCGCCAUCUGGUUCGGGUGGUCUGAGCCGACAGCAACAGGCAGCCAUGGAAUGGGUCCAGAGGAACAAUAAGGUGUAUGAUUACUGUCAAGAUCCAAAGAGAGACCAUACCCUCAUACCUGAGUGUUAG